AUGAAGUGUGACAUCGAUAUCCGCAAGGACUUGUUCGCCAACACCGUUCUCUCCGGGGGAACCACCAUGUACCCAGGAAUUGCUGAUCGCAUGCAGAAGGAAAUCGCCGCUCUUGCCCCAUCAGCCAUGAAGAUCAAGAUCAUCGCGCCACCGGAGCGCAAGUAUUCCGUUUGGAUGGGCGGAUCUAUUCUCGCAUCUCUCGACAGCUUCCAAGAGAUGUGGAUUUCAAAGGAAGAAUACGACGAGUCUGGUUCUUCCAUUGUUCACCGCAAGUGCUUCUGA